AUGACGCCAGAAGACGAAGUCCGCUACUCGUACUUUGUGAUCGACGCCUACUGUCUCGGCCGCAUUUUCUUCCUCGUUUCCACCUGCCUCACUCUUUCCGGCCUCUACUUUGCCGCGCAUCCGCACUAUCUGGAACCAGGAUACAAUUCGACGAGGACCAAUUAUAUCAUAAGGAACUAUAAGGUGACUUGUGGCCCAAUCUGAAACAAAUUCAAAGAAGAACUAUACUUUCAGACAUAUCCAAAUGGAACCAUGUACUACGAGUAUCCAGAAGACGACGGAACCAUCACGACUGGAGUUCUGGGAUUCUGGUUCCAAAAGAUGAUGGGAGGAGAGUUCCGUUUUGACUUCGGUAACGCCUUCUGGAACUUCUGUCGGGUUAGUUGGUCGAGCUCUGAAAUUAUGAACGAAUUAUCGCUCUGCAGCCUCGAGAAGUUCCGAAAGAAGAAUGGAUGUCAUCUAUUGUACGGUCAAUGAAUCAUCUCGUUAUAGUCCAGGUACGUUUUUCCGAUUCUGUAUUCCUAGCCGUGAUGACAUAUUUGACUGUUUAAAAACGAGCAUGGCCGAGUGAUCUAAGGCGCCACCACAGGCAAACCGACGUGGGUGAAAUGAGGGCGAGGCGUGGGCAAACGGGCGGGGAGGCCGAAAUCAGAUCCUUAUUUGGCCCACAUUCAAUUUAAAGUCAUUCACGGGCGGAUAAACGGACAACCCUUGUUUUUCUAAAGGGACCAUCAAAAUACCAGCCAGGAGUACCCGGAAUACCGAGCAAGCGAAGCCCGUGCCCGAUUUUUGGCCGCCCGUGGGUCAAAUGAGGGUCUCAUGUUACCCACGCCGGUUUGCCUGUGACGCUGAGUGGUUAGCGUAUCUAAUCCUUCAGUGAUUCUUCGGGGUUCGCGUUUUGCCUGUGCAGACUCAAGCGAAUUGCUUGCCGCGUGUCAAGGUUCUCUGUGUGUUCUGAUACUCGUACGGGUGCGUGGAUUCGAAUCCCACUUCGUACAUAAUCUUUUUCCAGGUUCUGUUCCGAUCCGCCGUUCUGCUCACAAUGACACAUUCACUCUUCCAAUGCCUUCUCAUCAAUUACGUCUCGAAAGCGAAUUUCUCUCCCAUGCUGGAGAAACUGAUAGGCUUUCCACUUAUCACAGUGGAAUUCAUCCACAAUAUCAGCCUAUUCACUAUCAGUUGCUUGCACUAUGAGCAGGAUUCACAUCGUAAUUUUUGCUUCGCUGCUUUCUCACGGACACUUUAUCUUUCAGUAAUGAAAUUCUCGCGAGUCGCCAUGAUUCUCCUGACCGUCUCCACAGUUCUCAAACUAAUUUUUGCUGCGAUCAUGCAGACGAAUCAGUUGAUUCAAGUGGCCUGCGUGCUCCUCUCCUCCGCCGUUAUUCUCUCUCACAACUCUGUUCUCGAUGACUUUGACAGCUUCCUCAAAGACACUUGGUGCGACUCCAUGAGUAAGUGAACGUCUUCUUCUUCUUCUUUUUCUUCUUCUUCUGCAACUCAUUUCUAUUUCAGAUGUUCCCUCCGUUGCCAUCGCUCAACUCAUCUACUUCCUUUCCUUCUUCGUCACCGGGUACCUUCAACAUCAGUCUCUCGCCGGAAUCCGACUCGUAACUUGCUCAACGCAGGAAGAAAUCGAAUAUGAAAAAAGGUUCUGUGUCGGACCGGUUCACCUCUCAACCACUUGA